UUUAACAUGAACAGUGCAUAGUGUAUAUUAUCCUACCAUGAAAGUUAUAUUCAUCUUUGGCUGUUUAAGCUUCUCCUUUUCUCAUAUAUCAGCUCUUCUGUAUCCAGGUUUAGUAUCAGGGGAGGAGAUAAAUAAUAAGGAAGAGAUUGAUAGAACUGAGAUAACGGUGAAGGAUAAAAAGGAAAUCCUGGAAAGGAAGAGAGCAGAUUUUAUUAUGAAGGAACUCAAGGAUCAGUUUCUGCUGGAGAAACUUCAAGAGCUGCAGGAGGAGAAGAGAAACAUGAGUUUAGCAAACCUAGAUCAAAACAGGACAAAUGCUAAACUGCAACAUAGGACGAACCAGAUACAGCGAACCAGGACAAAAUAUUUGCCCAGGGUUUAUGGUCCAAUAGGGUUGGAGACAAGUGAUGAGAAGGAUAGAAGCAUAACAACCCAGAGAACCCUAUCCUUCUCUCACACAAUCAUGAGCACGUUCUCCGAUAUAGUUAACCGACUUGUCCCGGAGAGGUUUAAGAAAUCAAGCAAACCCAACCCUUCGAAACCCACAGUGGAAAACUCCGGGGAUAUCCGUCUAACCAGUCCUAUCCAAGAAUCUUCUCCUUCCUUCCAACCCUCUGGUGAGGACGGAUCUGCUCCGCUAGUAAAUCCUUCAUCUCUCCCGAUCCAAAUUUCUGCUCCGUUCUUUCAGUCUUCCUUCGAAACUGAACCUGAACCUUUUAUACUGAACUCUGUAAUAUCAGAGCAAGGACUGGAGUAUACUCCGAUUGACCAGCCUAUACCGAACCCUCUGACCCUGACAGCUAGGCAAGAGUCUGGGAUCAGGGUUUCAGUUCAACACCAGCUCCGGGUACAACAGAAUCUUAAUCAGAAUUCACAACAAGUGAUGGAAUCAUUCUCCUGGACAGAUCGACCUUUUGAUAAAGCUCCGGAUCAUACUUUGAACUCGGAUUCCUCUUCUCUAGGUUACGGAAAUGCAGUGGUUCAAACCAUAUCUUCUCCAGAAUACGGAGAACCAGUGAUUUCUACUGCAUUAGGAGAACCAGUAGUUAAAUCUACUUCUUCUCCAGGAUAUGGAGAACCAGCGGUUAAAUCUAGUGCUUCUCCGGGAUACGGAGAACCAGUGGUUAGAUCUAACUCUUCUCCAAAAUACGGAGAACCAGAGAUCAACUCAAACUCUGCUCCAGGAUAUGGAGAACCAGUGGUUAAAUCCAAUUAUUCUCCUAGAUUAGCAGAAUCAGUAGUCACAUCCAAUUCUUCUCCAGAGUACGGAGAACCAGUGGAUAAAUCUCCAGGCAUUGUAGAUGGGGAGGUGCAAUUUAACCUAUCUGAAAAAACUCCAAAUUCUUCUCUUAACCCGUCAGAGACUGAUUCGCAUUAUGGUUCGGAGACCAAAAUUAAAAUUGGGGAAGCCUCUUUUAAAAAUGUGAAAAACUCCGAGAAAAGUCCUAACGUCGUAAAACCAAACAAUAUAGUUUAUAUAACAACUGAAGAUCCCAACCUGAGUAGGACAGAAUCCAACAAGGAGAACUCAGCUACAGGAAAACAAUCUGAACCAACAAACAAGGUAGAUCCGGAGAAGUUUAAUUCUAAAAACAAUCCUAGUGAAAGGAUAAAAUUUGGAAGUGAAGAAAACACUCUCAUUGCUGAUCCUAAACCAGCUGAAACCCCUGGAAAACUUCUGAUUGCUGAGAAACUCACUGGACAUCCCUCUCCGAUAUCGGAAGCCUCUGGAACUCUGGCUCCGAUACUGGCUCCGGUUUCGAAAACAGAACUGUUCCUCAGUCCUGAUCCUGACUAUGUUUAUGAGGUUGAGUACGAGUACAGUAUGGACCCGGAGUCUGAUGAGAACUCCAUAGAUCUGAGACUACCUGGAGAAAUUGAAAACAACUUUAAUCAAAGAUUAAAUGACAUGUUUACAAAACAUCAGGCGGAGACCUCGAUGAAUUUUGGCAGUUUGUUUCUCACCUCUCUGCAAGCUUCAACAAAGAAGACGACUCCUCGGUAUUUGAAAAGCUGGGAAGAGAACGCGGCAGAGAUGACAUGGCCGGAAUCAAGAUUAUUCUGUAAAAAGCUGGGACGGAAUAUUGUCUCGUUGGACCAAAUAGAAGCAAGAAAAGAGGUUUUUGAUAUGGUUCUGAAUACUAAUAUUACCCGUGUCUGGAUCGGAGGACGGGUUGGUAGGAGUAAAGAGGGAGUGUUCUGGGAGAAUGGAAGAGCUGAGGGGAUCAAGAGAGGAGUUGAACCCUGGUCGGAGCAAGGGGAUAGAGGAGCACAACCGGACGGAGAUGAAAACCACAGAGAGGACUGUGUUGCACUAAUUCACGAUGAAGAGACGGAUGUGAUGGCUUUACAUGAUUUAACCUGUGAGGUCCGUCUUCCAACUAUUUGUGAAUCUCGUGAUAGAAUUUAAUAAUAAAUAUAUACUUAUCA